AGGUGCUAGCAUGUAGUGGGCGGGGCGUAGCUAGAGGCAAGAUGGCUGCGUACACAGCCGGGUUGUUUGGGGCAAGCACUAGGCGGCUUGUGCUGCCUCAGCGCUUGACAGGGGUUGUAAUGGGGGCGGCGCAAACCGGCCGGUGUCUUUCUUUCCCCUCGGUAUCAGGCGGUGGGUCCCUGAUUGUGUCUGGUCUGGGUGCCAGGGCUCACAUGAGCCUGGGGACUCGCAGUCACCUUCCCUUGUAUAGGGCAGUGGGCAAGAGCAACCUUCCAUUAGUUGGCCCCACCUGCCCGGUAGUGAGGGGCUUUAGAGCCGGUGGGUGGUGGAAGGACUCAGACAGAAGGACUAGGAAGCUGCUGGGUUUGGCCUUUGUGCUGGGGGGCUCUCUGGGGGUAUUCCAGGCGCUCCAGUCCUCCUUGGGGGAACAGAGGGCAGAGGAGGAGCAGCAGGCCACGGACGGCACGCUCAAGCUGACCCUAUACCAGUACAAAACCUGCCCGUUCUGCAGCAAAGUGCGUGCCUUCCUCGAUUUUUAUCAGCUGCCUCAUGAGAUCGUAGAGGUCAAUCCAGUCAUGAGACGAGAGAUAAAGUUCUCCAGCUACAGAAAGGUUCCCAUUCUGAUUGCCGACUCCAGCUCUUCUUUGCAACUCAACGACUCCUCUGUUAUCAUCAGUGUGAUAAAGACUUUCCUUACCUCCAAGAAAAGCUUGGAGGAAAUCCUGUCCUAUUAUCCGUCAAUGAAAGCUGCGAAUGACCAGGGAAAGGAGGUGAUUGAAUACAAUAACAAGUAUUGGUUGAUGUUGGAUGAACGGGAGACCAAGCAAGUCUAUCCAACCAAAGAAUCCCGAGUUGAAGAAAUGAAAUGGCGCCGCUGGGCAGAUGAUUGGCUCGUACACCUCAUCUCUCCCAAUGUGUAUCGGACCCCCCAUGAAGCCCUCGCCUCCUUUGACUACAUUGUCCGAGAGGGAAACUUUGGCCCGGUGGAAGGCUUGUUUGCUAAAUAUGUAGGAGCAGUAGCCAUGUACAUAAUCGGCAAAAGGCUGAAGAGCAGGUGUGUGCAGGGCACCAUCUUCAGGAUGACGUGCGUCAGGAUCUGUAUGCCGCAGCCAAUGAUUGGGUGGCGGCCGUGGGCAAGCACAGGAAGUUUAUGGGAGGAUCUCAGCCCAACCUUGCUGACCUGGCUGUGUACGGGGUGAUGCGAGUGAUGGAGGGGCUGGAAUCAUUCGAUGAUAUGAUGACCAACACCAAGAUCAAGCCCUGGUAUGAGCGGAUGACCACGGCUGUUUAUAGCCCUGUAGAUUCACAGUGAGCCCCUGCCCUGAAGUAGAAAGCUGAUUGCACUGGACUCCUGCAGAAACCCAGGGAGGACCAAAGCCGAAGCACUUAAUUAAUCUUUACAUUAUCGAUUCAGCUGAAUGCUGGGAAAUCCCAGAAUGGAUUAUGCCUUUUGCAGAUGUCUUCUGCUUGCUGGGUUAGGAAACAGUUAAAAGAAAUUCUAUAGUGUGGUUUGGAUCUCAACAUCCUAUUCCUUAACAGAACUCUGUGUUUAGUGGCCCCUUUACUUUCUACAAACAUAAAGCUCAGUUUUAAUAUAACAAUAGCAUUUGGACUGCUGGACAGCGGAUGCGAUGCAUUCAAAGCACUUCCUAUAUCCAUGGACUAUUUCACUUGUUUCCUAAUUAGGAUAUUUUGGUCUUUGAAUUCAGCAAAAUCUCAAUAAACAGGUAGUACUGUA